AUGGUCGCUACAUCGCCUGAAGGACAAGGCGAUCCCGAGAAGCAGCUCUCUUCUCCCGCCACCACUAUCACAAGCACAAGUACCGGGAGCAGUACACCCAGCGUCGAGAAGCACAAUGUGACAAUGACCAUGACAGCAGCGGAGGAGAAGGCGGCGAUCCAGAACCCAAACCCCGAAGCUGUCAGCAGCGAUGGGGCAGAGACGAUCCUGAAGCUUGAUUCCCAUGGCCUGCCCCUCGUUCCACAACCCAGUCUGUUCGAGGACGAUCCCUUGAACUGGUCCCCAUGGCUAAAAUGGGCGGUGCUGAUCCAGGUAGGGUUCAUGGCCUUCCUGGGUCCGUACAAUGCAGCUCUCAUCAACCCCAGCCUUGUCCUGCUCAGUGAGGCAAUGGGCGUCAAUUCGAAGAUCGCCGCAUACAGCACAACCACGGGUAUCAUUCUGGGAGGAGUCUCGCCCUUCAUCCUGGCGCCGCUCACCAAUUACUAUGGCCGUCGUCCUAUCACCCUCAUUGCCAUGCUCCUGACCAUCCUGGGCGGCAUCCUAUCAGGAGUCGCGCCAAAUUUUGCAACGUUGGUGGGAAUGCGGGCGAUAACCGGGUUUGGAUUCGGGGGGAUGAUGUCUGUUGGUACGGCGUCGUUGAACGACAUGUUCUUUCUGCAUGAGAGGGGCGAGAAGACAGGAGUAUACUCCAUCUUCAUAACCAACGGCGCCCAUGUAGCCGCCUUGGUCGGAGGUUUCUUGGGACAAGCAGCAGGCUGGCAAUGGGAUUACUAUCUCGGCGCAGUCAGUACCUCCGUCAGCUUCAUCGUAGCACUCUUCCUCUUCCCCGAAACGCUCUUCUCCCGCGACCCAAAAUUCCUCUCCAAUCGAGCACACACGCGAACCUAUUUCGAGAUGCUCUUCUCCUUCAAAGGGAACAUGAUCCCGGGGCGCCAGCUCCACGCAACCGACUUCCUCCAAUCCUUCCACAUGCUCAAAUACCCCUCGAUCGUCAUCCCGUUCUGGUAUUACACAUGGGCGUGGACAUUCAUCAACGUGCUGCCAGCAAUCUCGCUCGCUACAAUAUACACGAAGUUCUACCACAUGCGCAGCGGCCCAAUUGGCGCAUGUCUAGGCGUAUCCCUCACCAUCGGCAGCGUCCUAGGGGAAUUCUUCGCCGGACGAGCGAGCGACUGGGUCAUGUACCAAAUGGCACGGCGAAACAACAACAUCCGCAAGCCGGAAUACCGCCUCUACCUCUCCACCAUCUCCGCACUCUUCAUGCCCGCCGGCCUCAUAAUAUUCGGUGCCUGCGUCGGACGAACCGGCCACAUCCCCCCUCUAGUCGGCCUCGCCGUCGGCGUCUUCGGCCUCCAAAUCGCCUCCACCUGCCUCUACUCCUACAUCUCCGACUGCUACCGCGCGCAAACCCCAGAAUCCGGCGUCCUCUUCAACCUCUCCCGCGGCCUCUCCUUCGUGGUUGGCUACUUCGCCCUUCCCCUAGCAGACGCCGUUGGCUAUUUCUGGGGAUGGUUUACUUUUGCGGCCGCGCUCUGGAUAUUCUUCAUCCCUAUUAUCCUACUCAUGAUUUACGGAGAGCGGUGGAGGGUGAAACUGGGCGAGCCUGGAUUCCAUCGAUAUUUAUAA